UAUAAACAAAUGUCAAACAAUUAAUAUUGUUAUUUGAAUUACAAAAUAAAUCUAUAAAAAAUAAAAAUAAUAAACCGUGUGGCUCACUCAAUUUGCAAUAGAUGAUUAAAAAUUUUGUUUAAUAAAAUGAAUGUUACUCUCACAAGUUUGGAAGCAUUAAUCUUAAAAGCUACGCACGAAUCUCUGUCAUGUCCGGAUGCAGCGGCUUUGGGAGCAUUCUGUGCAGUCAUGCAGGAGCACAGCGAUGGACCGCAGCUGGCGGCACAGGCCCUGGCGGCCAGAAUACAUACCCCAAAUGCUAAGGAAGCACUUUUAUCUCUCCAGAUGAUAGAUCGCUGCAUGCGUCGCUGUGACGCUAAUUUUCACGCAGAAAUCGGAAAGUUUCGUUUUCUAAAUGAAAUGAUAAAACUUGUCUCUCCAAAAUAUUUCGCCGACAGAACUGCACCGAAAGUUCGCACUAGGGUGCUACAAUUGCUACAUGCAUGGUCUAUUGAAUUUCCCAAUGAAUCAAAGUUCAAAGUUGCAUAUGAUAUGCUAAAAAAUCAAGGUGUUGUCAAAGAAACACCCCCUCCGCUCCCACCAGAGGAUGCAGCACCAUUACCACGUAUCCGGGCAAGAAAUGCAACAUUUGAGGAUGAAGAAAAAUCUAAGCUACUUAAAAAGUUACUACAGAGCAAGAAACCUGAAGAUUUGCAACAUGCAAAUAGACUUAUAAAAACAAUGGUCCGAGAGGAUGAACGUCGUAGCGAGGUGAAUAGCCGUCUAGCCCAAGAAGUAAGUGCUGCUUUGGACAGUGCUGGUUUACUACGAGAUAUGUUAGACCAUGCUUGGAACGCAUCGCCAGAUGAGUUACAAUUGAUCCAUGAGCUCCACGAAAGUUGCUUGAAUCUGCGCCCAGCUUUGCGCAGGCUUGCAGCCUCUGACACUAAGGCUGAUAACAUGAGCGAUCUCCUGCAUGCGAUUGAUCUACUAGAUGAAGUUACCGGAAGAUACAAUUCAUUUAUUUCCUAUGUAAUAGGAAAGAAUGGAGCUACUGCAGUGUCAGCAUCAGCACCGGAAUCAAGUAGUCAAAGUUUACUAGAUUUUGCUGGAGCCAGUGUAUACAAAAAUACAGAACAGGAACCAAAGAAUGACAUAGCUAAAAAUAAUGUUAUAGAUGAGCUGGGUGAUAUAUUUUCAACUCAGAGUAGUUCUCGCAAUAUUGCAGAACCUUUAAAGCCUGUAAACUUAAUAUCUAGUGAUGAUGUUGACCUCCUCGUUGAAAAGGAUAGUAAAAGUGAGGGAUGGAAUGAAUUAGAUUCCAUUGGAGAACAACUUAUGAAACAAUCAUUACCUAAUAACGCAAAGAGACUAGAUGGUUUUAACAGCAAACCAUCAAAGAAAAUACCAAUGAAUGCAUUAGAAAAGUCUCCUAAACAUGGGACUGAAAUUGCUACUAAUGACGCUAUGUUGGACUUGGAUUUCUUUACAAAAAAACCUGAAGUUAAACCAAUUCCACCUUCACAAUCUCCAAAAGUCGUGACUGUAAAUGAUGAUGUUAUGGUGGACAUAAGCAUAGAUGUAAAUUCGUCUUCAAAUAAUGUUAUUAAUAACAAUUUGAAAAAAGAUAAUUCCAUUGAUAAUAUUUUGAAUAUAAGUUUGUCUUUAGAUAAUGAUGCCAAAUGUGAUAAUGUUGAAACUCCUGUAAGAAAUAAGGAUGACAAUUCAAGUACUGAAAGUGACAAAAAAGAUAAUGUUGAGAAUAAUAAAACUAGUGAUGUGAAAAGUCUCUCAGAUAUAAAUGUAACAUUACACAGUGUUCAGCCCAGCACUGUUCCUUCAUUUACUGCUUUUGAGGAAAAGGGAGGUAUAACAGUGGUGUUACAUUACUGUAAAGAUAAACCACGGCCUGAUGUCAAUGUUAUUGUAAUAUCAACAACUAGCAAAAAUAAAUCGCCCAUUGUAGACUAUAAAUUUCAAGCUGUGGUUCCAAAGGGAUGUAAAGUUCGUCUACUCACGCCAUCCGCUACGUCAUUGCCCGCUUACAAUCCAUUCUUACCGCCACCUGCAUUAACGCAAGUGAUGUUGAUCGCCAGGCCAUCGUCUUUUCCGGAGAUCGACAUGAAGUUUGUCCUCACAUACACGUGCGAUGACGAGUGGUGUUCGGAAAUGGGGGAAAUUAAUCAGGUACCUCUGGACGACGUAUAGUAGAGAUACCUCCUAAAUAUAGUGUGAGACACGGAUCAAUACAUUUAAAUUAUAUUAAGAACAUCAUUCUGUAAGACUCACUUCUUUUGUAUUAGUAUCAUUGAUUAUACUUUUUAUCUAUAUUAAGAAAUUUUAACAGAAGGAUUAUGUAACAAUUUUACAUAAAACAUAAUGUAAUUUUUUUUUUUGGAACAACCAUGCUUAGGUUUAUCCAAAAACUAUUCUUAUUAAUGCUUUGAGCGUGAUGCAUGUCUCUUGGUUCAUCUAUCUAUCUAUCUUGGUUACUAUUUGAAACUGCAUUACUAAUAUAACUAAACGAGUUUUAAAACGAAAAUUAAAAAAAAACCUUAUUU